CUACAUCAGCAGUAUUCUGUAUCUAGUGUUGAUAUUUGUUUAUAUAAUAACUGUAACUAUAUAUUAAAAUGAAUUAAAUAUCGUAAUAAUAAUCAUUGUUGCCCUGAUGUAUCAAGGUUUAUGUGCAUUUCUUUGGGGUCAGCAAGUAUAAUAUCAUUAACAGAAAACCACAAUGUGAAAAAAAAAAUUCAAAUUCACCAUCUGUGUGAGAUUUGAAGGAAUGACAACUAACACUGUCCCUUUAAUUUGUUGUUGCUAGGGAAAUGAAGCUGUUCAGCUUCAGCCACAUGGACUUAGACUAAUCACUUCCUCCUCAGAUAAACAUGCAUCUAUGGCCACACACAACAACAAUAUCUGGUAUUCCUGUGGUAUUAUACUAAAACACAUUUCUUGUGAAAGUUAGCAAAUCUGUUCACAGUUAUUAGAGAAAUAUAUAGCAAACAGGAGAUGAUGUUAUACAUUCAAAUUAAUUACAUUCUGGGAGAGAUAAGUAGACACCGAGUUCAUUGUUCGGCCAAUUCAAAACACUGGACACCAGGAGAGUUAAGCUUGAAACGAGAAUAAAGUAUUCAACCAUGACAUCUAGUGGAUAUUAAACCAAACUGAACGCUUUGUGUAUGGUGUGCACUAACUAUUUCCAUCUUUAUACAAUGUCAGACCUUUAAGCCUUCUUUCCUUGGGCUUCAUAUAUGGGUCAAGCCACGUGUAAGUUUUACACAACAGCAUUUAUGAGUUGAAUAGUCACAUGGAAAUGGGAAUGUUUAAAACCUAAAAUAAAAUGGUUUAGCCUCAUGCACAACAAAAGACCCUUUUUGCAAAAACAAGGCACUCAUUAUUAAAAGCACAUGUUUUAUAGCUGUAAAAAUAGAUAUAUAACAUUUGCAGUUAUUCAUUCCUCUUUAAGCAUUAAUAAACGUUGUACAUGCAAAAAUGAACAUUCAAAUCAGAGAAACACCAACUAGCUUAAAAAGGAAUAGAUUGAAAAACCGUUCUAUAUGCUAGUGUAUGCUUUGUGUCUAUUUAAACAAAUCACAUAUAUUCAGAAAGAGUUGGGAAAUAUUGUAAUCAAUUUUAUAUUCUAAUUCUCAAAUUUAUACUCAGUCACCAUUUGAAUACUUAACCAAACUAUAUUACAAAAAUGAUCUAUAUAACUUAGUAACAGAAGUUUUUUCUUUGUAAAUGUUUUCUUUAUUGUGGAGGCCAAAUAGGAUCACUUUAGGUCACAUUGAAUAAUAUACCUCAAAAAACCUUUUGUUUUAAUUUUAAUAUUGUUUCUCAGUAGUAUGAGGCAAAGCAAUGCUUCUUACUUUUUUAUUUUUGUGAAGGACAAGAGAUUUAAUCUGUUUUUAAUAUAAUCCCUGGAUUUAUUUGUUUAUUUAUUUACUGUAAAUAUUUUUCACACCAUAUUCAAGUAAAAUCCUUAAGAUCAAAAUUCAUGUUUCCGUAAUUCCAUUUUUACUGAAAAAGGCGAAGGGGACGAGAAGGAAGAAGAAGAAACAACACUUUGAUGAUUUUGAUGUUCUAAGCAAAUAAGAAUUAAUGGCUAACCUUUAAAUAGCUGAUAUUGAGUGGUUUACUCGAACUGAGUAAUGGCUACAUAGCACUUCGAAACUACGUCACAACACAGGAAUAGAUGUGAGCCCACACGGCUUCCGUACUCGGUGGUUGUGUUUGUUUUCAGUCAAAUCAAAGAUGGCGGACCAACUAGACCGAGUGCGAAUCUCAGCAGCUGAACUUCGAGCUGAGGCGUCGAAUACAGUUUCUUCUGGUGACGCUCAAAAAGACGAGCAGCAUCUGUCUAAGCAACAUAAAAGGCGUGAGGAAAAGCGUCCUGAUUUGCAGCGAUAUCAGCCUGUAGCUGGACGUGGUCAGACUCACCAUGAUAGUGAAGGAGAUCCUGGUCAAAGCGAUGCCAUGUCUACAUAUUUACAAGAGCAAGCUACAACUUUGCAGAAUGUGAAAAAGUCUACCCAUAAAAAAAAAUCUGAUGGGACUUCUGAUAGCAAAGGGGUUGAUGAAACAGAAGACGACAGGACAGGUGGUGAUGGCAGUAACUCACAGAACUGUAAAAAAGCCAGCCCAUCACAAGGCAACACUGGAGCAAAUCAAGAAAAAAACUUUGCUGAAAAUGAAGAACAUGCGGAACCUGCCGGUGCUCAAAAACCUUCAAGGAAGGCACGCAAACCUGACCGUGAAUUUUAUCAACCUGGGAGCCGGAGGAAUAUUCAGGGAAAAGACUGUAGAGUUGGGAAGGAGCAGGAUAAACCUCCCACAAGGAAGUCUGAACAGAAAAAUGAGCAUGGCUCUACUGUGAGUACAGAAGAAUCAAAAGGGAAUAAAGCAUCCACUGAGAAGCAAAGAGGAAAUGAAAAAGAAGUUGUGGUUACACAGGAAAAUUUGAAUAGUUUAAAAUUAAGUGAUUCAAAGAGGAGGCAAGAAAACAGAGACAUUCGAAAACCACCGUUAUCACCACAUGCUGAAGUGGAAAACAUUUCCAACAAAGUCGAAAAUAUGUGUGUUAAAGAUGUUCAAGUGGAGAAAGUAGUCCAGGAUGGUGAAGAAUUGACUAGAAGGAGAGAAGAAGAAAAGAAAGAGAAAAGAGAAAAAGAAAACCGCAGAAGAAGAGCAAGGGAAAAAGAAAAAGUGACAGUUUGGGAUUCAAGAGAAGAUGGGGUGAGUUGUGAUGGAAAAUCAGAUCACAGUAAAGAGGAGAGAGACAGGGACAAGCGAGCAGCUAAAGCAGACAAGGAUAACAAACCUAGUAAGACAAUAGAGACACACCCUGGCAAAAGAAGAGAAAACUGCAGAGAAAGUAAAAAAGGGGGUUAUGACAACAACAAUCGGUCCAGAGAAGUUGAGAAAAAUCCCAAGAUGGAAAAAACUGAAGCCAGAACAGCGGGAAAAGUUAAUAAAAAUGCUCACAACGCUGCUACUACAGCAUCAUGCUCAAAACGAUAUUCAAAGUCAGAUAUACGACAUUCACGAAAUCGAACUUACAGUAGCAGCUCAGCCAGCAGUGUGACCAGCUUAGAUGGUCGAGGAUCAGGGAAGAAUGUGGAAAGCCGUAAGUGGUCACGUAUGCAGCCUAAAGUCCGUAACAAAGAUGAAAGGUUUAGGAGUAGGGAAGACGAAAAAAGUCAUUUGCAAAGUUGGCCUACUAAUGGGGAGUCCUCUACAGAAUCGCUUGAAGGAAGUGAGAUGAGGGACAUUGCAGAAAAUAGAAGGAGUAGAAGAAGUGGAGCAGAGGAAGAGGUCAGGGCAGCGAGGCGAGUGGAUGAAAAGAAUGUCAAACAGGGAAGCAAAAGUGGAGGUGGUGGAAUCCUUAGGGUUUCCCUUAAUAAACAGACAAGUUCCUCAUCACAAAGGCUAGAAAUGAACACUCGCAAGGAAGGCUCUGCUCCUUGUGGUAGGGGUGGUGGUAUUCUGGUUCUUCCAGCCCGCACAGAUCUCUCAAAUUCAUCUGAGGCUGGCCAAAGACUUUUUGGUGCACUGAGGAGAGGAGGAGUGCACAAUAGUAGAGGAGGUAGAGGAGGUGGGGUGAGAAGACUCUGGGAUCCAAAUAAUCCAGACCAGAAACCUGCACUUACCAAUAGCCAGUCUUCAUUGCAAAAGUCUCUCCCGCAGUCUGUAUAUCUUCAAACAGGGACUGGUUAUGGACAACUACACUUUCUAGACACAGAUGAUGAAGCAACAGGCAGUCCUCCAGUCCCACAGGGUCAACACUUUCAAUCUCAGCAGGCUGCCGCCAUGGCUUUCUAUAAGUUCCAGAAUUCCGACAAUCCAUAUUGCUACCCUAUCUCCACCAACAAUCCUCAUAAUUCUGGCCCCACCCCAAACCUGAGGUUUUCAUAUCCAUACAUGACUCCAUAUCAAGUAGUUCCGUCUAAUGGCAUGUACUCUAGUCCUGGUGCUAACCAAGUCUGUGGGACUUACAAAUUAGGAGGGUACUCUCAGCCUGGAGUUGGUUUGACAUUGGAAGAGGCAGAGCAACAAGCCAGAGGUGAACUAGGGAAGCUGCUGAGGGCUGCAGAUGCUCAUGAACAUCAGCUCAGUAACUUGCUCUCCAGAGACAGAGUCAGUGCAGAUGGACUGGACCGCAUGGCCCAACUCAGGGCAGAUCUUUUGGUUCUGUAUGAACAGAUUAUCUUAACAGACAUUGAGUUCUCGGAUUCCCAAAAUGUGGAUCAGGCCUUGUGGAAAAAUGUGUUUUACCAGGUCAUAGAGCAUUUCCGGCAAAUACUCAAAGACCACGGCCACGAUGGCACCACUCACAUCAGGAACAUGUUGCUCACAUUACUUGAUGAGGGAUCUCUUUUCUUUGAUGCACUGCUUCAGAAGCUGCAGACUGUGUACCAGUUUACAUUAGAGGAUUAUAUGGAUGGCAUGGCAAUCAGGGCUCGACCAUUACGCAAAACGGUGAAGUAUGCUCUGAUCAGUGCACAGCGCUGUAUGAUUUGUCAAGGAGAUAUUGCACGUUACCGUGAGCAGGCCACUGAUUCAGCUAACUAUGGGAAGGCUCGAAGCUGGUACCUGAAAGCCCAGCAGAUUGCCCCCAAAAAUGGACGGCCAUACAACCAGUUGGCACUGUUAGCAGUCUAUACAAAAAGAAAGAUGGAUGCUGUGUAUUAUUAUAUGCGCAGUUUGGCUGCUUCAAACCCCAUCCUGACUGCAAAGGAGAGUCUGAUGAGUCUGUUUGAAGAAGCAAAGCGCAAGACAGAGCAGCUUGACAGAAGGAGGAGACAGGAGUGUGAAGGAGGCUCUAUGGGUCCCACAGUUAGAGGGAGGGGAAGACGGGAAGCAGGAGCACGUGUAGAGAUUUGGGUUCGCCCCAGCAGACCUGCAGUAACCCAGUCCUCACGUAGAGGAGGCAGCGAGUCCAGCAGAGACUCUGAACAUGAUGGAGACCUAGGAAGUCUCAGUGCAAGUGAUCUGAAUAAGAGGUUCAGUCUGAGUUUUUUGCAUGCACAUGGGAAGCUCUUCACAAAAGUUGGCAUGGAGUCGUUUCCUGGUGUAGCCAGUCGUGUUCUGCAAGAGUUUAGGAAACUUCUACAGCAUGGACCAUCUCUGCUGGGCAGCACACACAUGCUGCAGAUCAUCACCAUCAAUAUGUUCACCAUACACAAUGCUCAAAGUAGAGGUGAAGACAGAGAAUCCCGGUCUGUUUUACAAGAACAAAGCACUGCCCUGGGUCUUGGCAUGUUUGCACUUUUGGUGCAGCACUGCACGGAGCUACUCAAAAACACUCCUGCAGUGCCAGUCCCGAUGGCAGAUGGAGAGGAUGACAAUAAAGGGAUGGGGCAGGAUGGUAUGGUGAGGGUUUCUGCAUUCCCACAGGACCUUACAGAACUACUCCCAACCAUCAAGGUAUGGUCUGACUGGAUGUUGGGCCACCCAGACCUUUGGAACCCACCUCCAUGCAGUAUAGAUGGCAGCCCUGAUGUUUGGCAGUGCCUGGCUGACCUGUGCAAUGUUCUGGCACAUGUGGAUCACGAGGAAGUGCCUUUGUACAAAGUGGACACUGAUGAAGUUGAGGGAGAUGAGGAGUUGACUGUCUUGCAGCUCAAGGAGGACAAGCUGCUUGCUGGUUUCAUACCCCUGCUGGCUGCACCACAGGAACCUUGUUACAUAGACAAGCACACUGAAAUGUCUAUUGCAGCAGAUUGUAAGAGGGUCACGGUGCUGAAGUACUUUUUAGAAGCGUUGUGUGGUCAGGAAGAGCCUCUGCUGGCCUUUAAGGGAGGAAAAUAUGUAUCUGUUGCAACUUCUCCACCCAAACAUUCAGGGGAUACGGGACAACAGGAAUCUGCAUUUGUGAAGGAGGCUGAUGACGUUGUGGUCGAAGCAGAAUCAUCUCUGUCUGCGUCAGAAGAAGAUGAUGCGACAGAGCUGGGCGACAGUGAGAAUGACAUCAGAGAGCUUAAGGCACGACGACACGUCCUCGCCAACAAACUGGCACUGCAACAGCGGCGAAGAGAUAAAAUCCAGGCAAUGCUCCAGACAAGUGGUCAGUUGGAGCUGGAAGUACGGCCUCUGUUCUUGGUACCAGAUACCAAUGGUUUUAUUGAUCAUUUAGAAGGACUGAAGAAACUCCUCCAAUGUGGAAUAUACAUAAUAGUGGUGCCGCUUAUUGUAAUUACAGAGUUGGAUGGUUUGGCAAAAGGACAAGACAACUUUGUUGGUGGAGGAGGGUCAGGAGGUCGCAGCAGUGCCACUCGUGGCAACAGCAGUGAUAGUGUGGCUCAUGUUCGGUCCUUGCAGGAUAAGGCCCGGCUGGCAGUGGAUUUCUUAGAGAAAGCUUUUGAAGCCAGGGAGCCAUGCCUCAGAGCCUUAACCAGCCGGGGCAAUCAGCUUGAGUCUAUUGCUUUCCGCAGUGAAGAUACCUCUGGGCAACAGGGUAACAAUGAUGAUGUGAUUUUGUCCUGCUGUCUCCACUACUGCAAAGACAAGGCAAAAGACUUCAUGCCUGAUCAGAGAAAUGGAACAGUGAGGCUCCAUAGAGAGGUGGUGCUACUUACAGAUGACCGAAACCUGCGUGUCAAAGCUUUGACCCGCAAUGUCCCUGUGCGAGACAUUUCCGCUUUCCUUAGCUGGGCCAAAGUCGGGUGAAGUAUGUUAAGCUGGAAUCAAAGGAACCCAACAGCUGAAGCCUGCUUGCGACUCAGCCAGGAGAGAAGAUGCUAGGCAGAGGAGAUAACAAGGGAAAGCAAUGGAAAUAGAAAGCAAAGAACCACCGCUUGUGUGACACAAGUAAGUGUAGUGAGAGUGAGGGGGUUUAGGUGAGCUAAACCCUCUUGUUUUGAAAUGUGCCUGUGUUAUGUGUUAAGAUCAAUGAGCUUCCACAGAAAGAGACAGGGAGACAUUUUUUGUCUCUGAGAGACUAGACAAGAAGAAAGAACAGGAGGGGGUAAAAAUUGAGUCAGUUGAUUUGUAAGUUAUCAGUCCAGCCUUGAACCUCCGCGCCUAGAUAGCUAGCAUAUAUGUGAGCAGAAUUCCAAUUGGAACUGGUGACAGUCAGGCAUUGGAAGUGUAUGUGGCCAUUUAAUUCUUUGGUAACAGGCUGUACUGGUGUGGACUGCACUGUUACACUUCUAUGGGGUCCUAGUCGUAAAGACUGUUACGACCUUGAAAGCAGACCUAAAAUAAGGAAUGACAUGGAGAAGCACAGUAGAGAGUAACUACUGUAAGUGUAGUGAUAAGGUUCCACAAGGAGCCUUCAUCCAACUCUGAGCACCACCAAGGAGUUACAUACAGGAUAUCAAGUUUCCUGCAAACGUAGGAAGUGCCUUAUAUCUGAAGAGUAAUAUGAGUUGUUCAAAUUAAUGUUUGAUUUCAGUACAUUGUUUUUGUUAGCUUGAUUUUGGACUUGUUUUUGAAAAAAUGUGUUACUUUCAUGAAGUUUUUUUUUCCAUUGGGCUUCUGUUAUAACUUUUCAGUGUAGGCAAAACGCAUUGAGUUUUGAUCUGUGGUAAAUAAAUUCACUACACCGAUACAUUUUCGAUUUCCAUCAUUUGAAAGAAAAUUGUGUUUACCUGUCUUAUUCCAUGAUUUAAACAAAAUGGAAGCCACACAGUUAAAGAAGGUAUGGUCUGGAUGUUUUAUUUUGAAUAUAUAUUAGUGUGUGUCAGUAUUAUUAUUUUUGUCUUUGUGGAGUUUUGCCACAGCUGUUAAUUUUCUGUACAUUUUAAUUAUUGGUGUUUAGCUUUUCCUCUUCCAUUCAGUUGUCUCUAUUAGAAAUAAAGUGCAUUCAGUGUAAAAGUACAAAACAUGUGUUAACAUUUUAAUUGCUGUCUUAUACUACCUUGCUGUUGCAUAUUUUAAGCAUUGAAGCUACAUGUUAUGUUUGCAUUAGAUGCGCUGCUUGCAUUUUGUUGCUUUUGGGAAAAAAAUGAAUUCAUUCUGAUCAAUAUUUGUGUAUUGGCAUUUCCUAAAUGGUCCUUUCUGAAUGCUCAGUGUUCUUAUUGGUCCUGUGUUUGGUUAUAUCAAAUCCAUCCAAUAACUAACUCAUCAUUGACUCUGAUCAUCUAGAAGUAAAAAUAUCAAUAUAUAUUAUAUGCAAUUUAUCAGAAGUUAAUUUGUAAUUGUGAAGUCCAGAUGAAUUAACAUUUUCACUGUAAACCCUUAGCAUUCAUUCAUUGCUGAUUUUAGCUGAUUUUUGUGAAAUUGUACACCAGAUUGAUGGGUUCAUAAUAGUGGGAUAUGCAGGGUUUUUAGUGGAAUACUGAAAUAGCAAACGGCAGUGUCACAACAAUGAACAUGUACAACUUAAAAAACCCUGCAGGUGUGAAAUGCUGAAGGUUGUUGCUUUCACUUAAAAAAAAAAAUAAAACAAACGUUCUAAAGA